AGCUUACCGGAGGUGGCUGGAAUUUCGAGAAGGAGAACCAGGGCGAAAACCCUGUUUCCCCCCUUGUCUUCCCCUUGUUCUUGGACUUCCUAGGGUUUCGAAAGCGGAUUGAGAUGGACGGAGAGGAGCUAACGGAAGAGGAAACAGCUCUCUACGAUCGCCAGAUUCGAGUGUGGGGCGUCGAUGCGCAGAAGAGGUUAAGCAAGGCUCAUAUACUGGUCAGUGGGUUGAAUGGCACGGCAGUUGAGUUUUGCAAAAAUAUGGUUCUAGCAGGAGUUGGGAAUUUGACGCUGAUGGAUGAUCGUCCAGUCACAGAGGAUGUUCUUCAAUCAAACUUCCUGAUUCCUCCUGAUGAAGCUUACUAUAGUGGCAGAUCCCUGGAUGAACUUUGUUGCGAGUCUUUAAAAGAUUUCAAUCCAAUGGUCCGUGUUUCAAUAGAAAAAGGUGAUUUGUCACAGUUUGAUGGAGAGUUUUUUGACAAGUUUGAUGCUGUGGUUGUCAGCUGUUGCUCUCUUAAAAUUAAGAAAGCAAUCAAUGAAAAGUGUCGAAGGAGACCAAGGCGUGUUGCACUUUAUGCAAUCGAGUGUAGAGGUUCAUGUGGUGAAAUUUUUAUUGAUCUACAGAACUACACCUACAUCCAGAAAAAGUCUGAUGGUACUGCUGAAUGCCAACUAAAGUAUCCAAGUCUCGAGGAAGCAAUUUCAAUACCCUGGAGGGAUCUUCCAAGGAAAGUGAGCAAAGUGUACUUUGCCAUGAGAGUGAUUGAAAGGUUUGAAUUGUCUGAAGGACGCAAACCUGGAGAAACUUCUAUUUCUGAUCUUCCUUUAAUUUUGAGGCUGAGGAAGGAACUGUGUGAUGCUCAGUCUUUGAGUGAGUCUCAUGUCCCAGUCAGCCUUCUGGAACGAAUGCUAGCAGCUGGAGGAAAAGAGCAUCCUCCUGUUUGUGCAACUUUGGGGGGAGUUCUUGGCCAGGUGAGCCAUUUAUUUAUUGGCUUGCAAGUGGCCUCUACACAAAAUAGUUGGCGAAAGGAAAGGCUUACUGAAACCUGUUCCUGUUUAUCUUCAUCGGCCUAGUUCUUUAUUUUCCUUUGUAACGCUUUGAAUCUUUCGAACCAACAAGUUCAAAGUAGCAAGGAAACACUUUCCUCAAACUGUACACCUAGAGUUAUAAAAUAUCAUAAUGAUAAUAUUGGAUUGGAGAUGAGGAAUUAUAGAGGGUAGGGAACCAGGAGAUUAGGAGAUUGAAGCUAGCAUGGUGAUUGAUAAUUGGAUUACUGAGAAGAUAGAUAGUGGUCUAGAAACUAUUGGUAUAAGAUUCCCUUGGAAGUAAAAGGUUAGCAUUCAUAAGUAAGUCAACUCGCAUUUACUCUAAGGCCUUGCUUGGCUUGUCAUUUAAGCAAAACUUGGAAUAAGUUCUAUUCCUUUCUGUUCUUCUAUAUUCUGUUUUAUCAUGUUUUUGUAAUAAAUCUGAAUCUUUUGUUUAAUUAUGAAUUUGAAUCAAAGUGGAAUGGUUGCAAAUGCUGUUUGAUUGGAUAGAAUACUUGAUAUAGGAUGACCUUUUGAAAAUUGAGAUGAGUGAAGCCUCUCCAAUGAUGGGAAUAGAGUUAUUCGGCUGCCCCCUGCCAAAUAGUUUUGUUCGGGUUAUGAUAGUUAUGUACUCAUUGACUUAAUAAAACUGUUGGCUGAAUAAAAAUAUUUUGUUGUCGUUUGGCUGAAUAAACCCCUUAUUCAGCACUUAUGUCAAGUUUAAUCACAAACCAAACAGAGCCUAAUAGCAUGGAGCUAGCUUGUGAAUUGUGCAGAUGCUCUGUCGUAUGAUAUUAGAGCUUAUGUGCACCCUUCUGCAAAACUGUCCUGGCACCAUGCCUGUAUGAAAUUGCAAACCACCUGCAAGUCUUGGCUGGCAUUCUAAUUUACCCUCAUUGUCGCCAUGCCAUUAGCAAGGGUAUGGUGUGACCCUUGAUCUGGAUUCACCUUAUAGUCAGUAUAGUUGCACAGAGAUACAGUUUCUUGUAACAUUGUCAGUUGUCUAUCAUAUGCAUAUCUGUUCAUUCUUACGU